AUGCUUUUCAGUUUAUAAGACCGUGACUGGUGUUAAUGGACCUCUCGUCAUCCUUAACGAUGUCAAGUUUCCGCAGUUCAACGAAAUUGUUCACAUCACCUUGCCUGAUGGUUCCAAACGAUCUGGACAAGUUCUUGAAAUAACUCGAAACAAGGCUGUUGUGCAGGUUUUCGAAGGAACCUCUGGUAUUGAUGCGAAAAACACUAUUUGUGAGUUCACUGGUGAUAUCCUUCGCUCGCCCGUGUCGGAGGACAUGCUCGGUCGUAUUUUCAACGGCUCCGGAAAGCCUAUUGACAAGGGACCACCAGUGCUUGCUGAGGAUUUCUUGGACAUCAACGGCCAGCCCAUCAAUCCAUGGUCACGUAUUUAUCCUGAGGAAAUGAUUCAAACUGGUAUUUCUGCUAUCGACGUGAUGAAUUCAAUCGCCAGAGGACAGAAAAUCCCUAUUUUCUCCGCCGCAGGUUUGCCACAUAACGAAAUUGCUGCACAGAUUGUGCGUCAGGGAGGAUUGGUGCAGCUGCCUGAACGCAAACACGAGGCUUCGGAUUCCAACUUUGCCAUCGUGUUUGCUGCUAUGGGAGUUAACAUGGAAACUGCUCGCUUCUUCAAGCAAGAUUUCGAAGAAAAUGGAUCAAUGGAGAAUGUGUGCUUGUUCUUGAACUUGGCCAAUGAUCCAACAAUUGAACGUAUCAUCACCCCACGUCUUGCAUUAACUGCUGCAGAGUUUUUCGCCUAUCAAUGUGAGAAACACGUGCUUGUGGUGCUCACUGACAUGUCUUCCUACGCAGAAGCACUUCGUGAGGUAUCUGCCGCUCGAGAGGAAGUGCCGGGACGUCGUGGUUUCCCAGGUUACAUGUACACGGAUUUGGCAACUAUCUAUGAACGUGCAGGUCGAGUUGAGGGACGUGACGGCUCCAUCACGCAAAUCCCCAUCUUAACUAUGCCGAACGACGAUAUUACUCACCCUAUUCCUGAUCUUACCGGUUACAUUACUGAAGGCCAAAUUUACGUUGAUCGUCAACUGCACAACAGACAGAUUUACCCACCAAUCAACGUGUUGCCUUCACUUUCUCGUUUGAUGAAAUCUGCUAUUGGAGAAGGGAUGACUCGUGAAGAUCACUCUGAUGUCUCUAAUCAGCUGUACGCCUGUUAUGCCAUCGGAAAAGACGUGCAAGCUAUGAAGGCUGUAGUAGGAGAGGAAGCUUUAUCUUCAGAUGAUCUGUUAUACCUUGAAUUCUUAGUUAAAUUUGAGAAGAACUUUAUCACUCAAGGAAACUACGAGAAUCGAACCGUUUUCGAAUCGCUUGACAUCGGAUGGCAACUUCUUCGUAUUUUCCCCAGGGAAAUGUUGAAGCGAAUCCCAGAGAGCACCCUCGAGAAGUAUUACCCUAGAGGAGGAGCGAAAGCGGAAUGA